CAGCGACGAAGCAGCGAUAUCGACGCGGCGUCAGACCGUUCGGAACAUCGUGCCGCGCGAUUAGAUCAGGAGCGGCGAUCGAGACGUCGUGGGUGAGCCACGUUGUCACGGCGGGAUGACGGAGGUAACGAAGGUGAGCAAAAUGGUGCAGGACAGAUGCAUCAAGUGGAUGGAGGAGCUGCAGGAAGAUUGUUACACCGAAGACACCACUGCCAAGCGGAAGAGCGAGACUGACUACGAGGAUUGUUACGACACAGAUUCGGAGUUCGACUCGGUCUCGGUGUGCGACGCCAAGAGACGCAGAGUGGGAACGCAAUUGAAAGACGAAGUCCUGAAUCUGAUCUGCGAAUGGGAGGAGUGUUCCUUUCACAGUAAACGCAUCGAGGAGUUUCUCAGGCAUGUUUCGAGUCAUAUACCUAGCGUACAAGUGAGCGUGAAGGAUGACGAUGAAGUUUACGUGUGCCAGUGGAAAGACUGUCCGUUUGAGGCCAAGAUGUACGAAGAGGUGAUACGGCACGUCAAUUAUCACGCCUAUCAUACGAAAUUGAAAUCUAUCGGUUCCAAUGUUCGUGGGAGGAUCAAGCUACCCAAGUGCCGUAAAGAUUCAGAUUGGAAGAACGUUAUAGAAACUCCACCCUCGCACUUGUGCAGAUGGGAGGAAUGCUUGAAGGUGUUCACGAAUUACCAGAUGUUCCUGUAUCAUGUUACCAUACACACGGAGGAUUGCCCACGGGGCAAUCGGGUUCAGAACGGAAUCGAGUGCAAGUGGACCGGUUGCAGCGGCAAGUAUCCCAGCUUGUACAAGCUGCGGGAUCACGUGAGAUGUCACACGAAAGAAAAGAUUGUCGCCUGUCCGGAUUGCGGUGUUACGUUCGCCUCCAAGACGAAAUUCCACGCGCACUGCCAGCGGCAAAUUCCCUUAGAAGUACAGGGAUUCCGAUGUUCACACUGUAAGAAGUUUUACCCAACUGAGAAAAUUCUGCGUGAUCAUAUGAGAUUCCACGUGUUCAACUACAAGUGUAGCCUUUGCGACAUGAGCUGUGAGUCGCCAGCCAGCUUGGCGAAGCACGUCAGGUACCGGCACGUGUCAACCAGAACGUUUCAGUGCCAAUUGUGCUCUCACGCCGCGAAAUCGCAACAAGAUAUCGAUACUCACAUGACUGUCCAUACCGAUGGUCCGAAUUUCUUCUGCCAGGAAGAAGGAUGCCAUUACACGUGCAAAGGACCCUACACUUUGGACAGACACUUCGAACGAGCGCAUAGCAUGGUGAUACGAUGGUACUGUUGUCACGAAUGCCCGAUUAAAUAUCGGACGAGUGCUAGACUGACGAAGCAUCUGACGGAAGCUCACCAGUUGCAACUGCCCACUGGACAUAAGCGUUUCCAUUACAAGCAGGAUGAAGAUGGAUAUUACAGAAUACAGAUGGUCAGGUACGAGGCCGUUGAUGAGGAGAACGUGUCACCUGUCGAGGAGGCGAAAGAAGUACCGGAUAAGAAGUAUAAGAUAGAACUAAGCCACACUGCGCCACUGAUGGAAGUGAAGAUUAUGGAAGACAGCACGGACGAGAUGGAAGCCGAACAGCAUUUACAAGAAGAAAUGGUGGCGUCUGACAUCGGUGAAGCUAUGCCUGUUAUAUCGAAUAUUUUAAUAUCUAUUGACGAAGUAGACGCGAAAGGAAAUAUUAUAAAGCGAGAAUUCGUGGAAACGCAGGAAACCAACGAGUUACCUCCGUCAGAGGAACCACCGUUAAUUUUAACAUAAGCUUGAUAAACUUCUUUCAUGAGAGGUAUUCAUGUAUACAUAUUUUUUAUAUGAUUGCAUUAUAACGAUUUUAUAUUGGAUGGAUUUUUAUACCACUUAUACAUUUGUUGUUACAUCCAAUUUUUAACAAGAAUGACAAUAUUAAAUCUUUCUUUUUAUGUUAUUACCAUACUGUUUACAAUUAAUCUUCUGUUUAUUUUAUAGCAUUUGACAACUUGCCUUAGCAAACUAUGCUUAUUACAAUAGUGAUGUACAAAAGUAAAACAUCCUGUCUGCUAAAAUUUAAUAUAAUAAACUAUGCAAAUCAAGAA